AUCUAAUGAAGAAGAAAAUUUUGAAAAUUGUCGAUUAGCAAAGCAUUUAUUACGAAGGGUGAAAGACUUGCAUUACAUAGAAGGCGGAGAAAUGGAUGAUUUGAAAUUAUCAUCAAAUGUAGAAAGUGUUGAUUUUAUAAAUCUUAUAGGUAAAGGAACUUAUGGAGAAGUGCAUAAAUCAAAGUGGUUUGGCCUUUUGUGUGCAAUUAAAAAGAUGAACAAUGUGCAUAUGAAAUCUUUUAUAAAAGAAGCAAGCAUCUUAGCAAGUCUAAAUCAUCCCAACUUGAUAUCAUAUUAUUUUGCAAUGAGAAGUAUUACAUAUGAAUAUAAUGGAAGUUCUUCUGUUGAAAUGAAGAAUGAUGAUGUAUAUUUGGGAAUGGAAUUGAUGCAAACAAGUCUAAGGGUUAUGGUAGAAACAAUUAGAGAGGCAUCUUACAUAUUUUUAAUUGAUAUCAUGUAUCAAAUUGCAAGAGGGAUGUGUUACUUGCAUGACAUGCACAUUGCACAUCGUGAUUUGAAGCCUGAUAACAUUUUGGUUAAUGUUGUGGAAAGAAAAGUGAUGAACAAGAUUGUUCGACAUGCUAUUAUAAAAGUGAUUGAUUUUGGAAUAUCUAAGAUUGAAGUUGGUAGCAAUCCAAAAGCAAUAGAGAAAAAAUUUAUGUAUGGUAGUACACCAUAUGCAGCUCCAGAGGUAUUGAAGAACAAAUAUGAAACAAUGACAAUGUGCCCUUUUGAUGCAGAUGUAUUUUCAUUUGCAAUGGUGUGUUGCAAGAUUCUUUCCAAAAGAGAUCCAUUUGAUCAUUGUAGGAGGAAUGAGAUAUUAGAAAGAAUAGAAAGAGGUGAGAGACCCAAAUUACCUUCAAACUGUAAUGAAUUGGUGGAUCUUAUCAAAGAGUGUUGGAACUUAAAUCCAUUACAUCGACCCAAGUUUGCAAACAUUUGUGAAAGAUUUGUAAUGUUGAAGAAAAAGAUUAUGGGUGGAGUUGUGGCAAAUACACUAUACUAUGGUACAUUAAAGGAUAAUAGUCAUGAAAAUAUUGAAUUACAACAAACACCUAUCAAAGUGCUUAUUCCAAAAUCACUUCUAUUGAGGAAGGUAAGAAUAUGUUAUAGUGAUUUGAUUGUUUGGAGUUUUUAUUUAUAUAAAAAUUUUAUGAUGUGGUAAUGGUUAGUUGUGGUGAAAAGAGUGCUAGUUUGAAGA